CUGGAGAAGCAAAUCGCAGCAAGACCAACCCCCCACCUUCUAUGUACACUGGGAGAUUUGGAAGCCCCCCAAAACCGACAGAGAGCGGAAGAUCUCUACAAGGAGGCUUGGAUUUAG